AUGUCCAUAUCAGUCAAAUUGUACUACGGAGUAGAAUCACCCACCGCUUCCAUACUGCACGUAUCGAUAGCCUCGGCCCAUGACAUCAACCCCUCCGACUCCGAAGGUCCCCAAUUCGCGCUUCCCAUGAGACCAACAGCAUGGCUCGCCCAAAGCAAAGCCAUUGCGACCAUGGCUCUUUCCCAGUCUUCUAUUCAAGCCUUGAAUCGCCUUCGAACAUAUACCCCUCCACCAACGCAAUGGUACAACUGUCCGCUCACACGGCGCGCUGCUGUCCUGAUACUCCUCUUCCCCGACCGACAUGGCGACCUCAAAGUUGUUCUCACAAUGCGAAGUGCACAGAUGAGGAACUACGCAGGUCAAGCUGCACUGCCUGGAGGCAAAGCAGAUACCCUGCAAGAAAGCCCUUGGGACACCGCCCGCCGCGAAGCCUACGAGGAGAUUGGUCUUCCCAUGAGCGACGACAAGCUCCGUGGCUUCAGCGUAGAACACCUCUGCGAACUACCCACCAACCUCGCCAAAACAGAACUCGGCGUGCGGCCCUGUGUCGCAUUCUUGCGACCAUCCAACCUACCAUCCGACAAUAGCACACCUACGUCGCAAGCAGAUGACGUAUCCGUCGAAGAACGAUUGAUACCCCGUCUCGACCCCAAAGAAGUAGCCGCAGUCUUUACCGCACCUUUCCACAACUUUCUAUGUAAAAAAUGGGAGGGCGACGGGCCCGGGCCUGUACAGAAGAACGGGAAGCCUGAGAAAUGGUACAGGGGUGCUUGGACGGAUUGGCAUGAGUCUCGAUGGCGAAUGCACAAUUUCUACAUACCGCGGCCUCCACCUUUACCUACUUCCAUACUCCGAAACCCAGCCAAAUCUGCACAAACUUUGACUUCAUACUCCUCGACGGACAAGGCACAUCCGGAAGGCGAUGACCCCCGACCUGAACCUAGCGCCCUAGACGAUCUCACAGCGUUCAGGGUGUUUGGCAUGACAGCGCGAAUUCUAGUCGAUGCGGCAAGGGUAGCGUAUGGUGAAGAACCACAGUUUGAGCAUAACAGUCACCAUGGAGAUGAGGAUAUGAUUGGGAGGCUGUUGAAGAUGGGUCGGUUGAGUGAGAAGGGGCAGAAGGGGGAAGAGUUGACCAAGGAGGUUUUGACACAGGCUAGCAAGAUGUGA